AUGUUUCCAAUAACACGAUUGCAUUUCGGAGGAAUACAGCCGAUCGAGUUCAAAAAGAACAAUUUGUAUAAACGUAACGAAGACUAUCUUAAUAGAACAAUUCUAAUUGCUCCUAAUAAUAUCAAUUCUGUACAUGAAAUUACCGGAGUAAAAAAAGUUCAAGAAGAAAAGGUGUCAAAGUUGGAAUCAUUGAUUCAGUAUGAGUAUACGGAAUAUAAACCAUUUUCUGUAGUUCCUUCGGCAUCUUCAAGUUGGCCUGAUAUCUCUUGUUCCAGAACAACUUAUACUUUCAUCUUUCCCAGUCAAUCUGUCAAUUAUGCUGUACCUCGUAAAGAUCUUAAUAAAUUACUAGCACCGGUAAUUAUUCAAGGCGCGGGACUUGUUGACGGGUUUAAUACAUUGAAAAAUCAGCUUUGUUUAUCCACCCAAAAUUAA